AUGCAGGACUCGCAAUCGCCCGCCGCAGCCUCCAAUGGCGACGUGCCCGCCGCAGCCCCAGGUCAGAUCCUGGCCGGCAAGCAGGAACACUACCUUAAGCGCGAGCUCAUUGCCCGUCAAGUGCGGAGCGAAAUCAACGAGCUCAACUCCCCCACCGCGCUCCAGAGAUUCGGCGCGCCCUUUCGAUCGGAGUUUGGCGAAGUCGCGCCCGUCGAUUCAGAGCUCCCCAUCCUUCGUUACAUCUUCGUCCACCACGUUCGCAACUUUCCCUUUCUCGACCAGGCCAAGGAGAAGGAGUUCUGGCAGGAUAAGCUACAAGUGUUCUUAGAAUCCUUUGCGAACAAACAUGUCUCCUCUUCGGAGGAUCGUCUGGAAGAGACGAAGCGACGGAAAUUGGCGCGAAAAUGCGAGAAGCUCGUCGAGCUGAUGAUGGUCUCGGGUGUUCCGACAGCGUCGGGCUACGAGGAGCGCAUCCAGUUCUCCGAGAUGGAGGUGGUUGAGCGCGGCGCCAACGAUAAUGGGUUGCUCGUCAAUAUGCCUGAAGGACACGCCAUCAACGGCUGGGACGUCAAUGUGGCGGCUGUUCGGGUGACAUCCGUCAAGCGCACCGUUCGAUACCAUCAGCAUGCGGAAUUUCUUAUUCGAGUCCGUCGCAAUGGCGAGAAAGAGUUUCACGUUGGGCGCAGAUACGGCGAGUUCGUAAAGCUGCACCGCAGACUGCGCACCGAGUUCCCGGGCAAGCAUCUGCCCCCUCUGCCCCGCAAGAACAAGACAUCAACCAGCUCUAGCUGGUUCGGUAGUGCCGACGACGACAGCUCCUCAGUUUCAUCUCUCUCGACCCAGGAUGCCAGUGUUGCCGAUGACCCUCCUGCUACCACUGGGCGGACCUUGGCUCCUAGUGGCCACCAGCGCUCAGUCUCGCGAGGCUCUAUGCGAUCAACCAGGUCACCCCGUCCUUCUGCGGAAGUAUCACGAGAGACCGUGCUCUACCGCGAGGAGCAGCGUGUCUCUUUGCGUGCGUUCCUCCGUACAUUGCUGCAGAACAAGCGGAUUGCCGAGUCCAAGUCGAUGGAGGAGUUUUUGUCUGCCCAACCGGUCAAUCUCAACGAGGAAGAAUUGCUUGACGUGGACAAGCGCAAGGCGAUGGAUGCUGUACGAAUUGAGGAGCAGAAGCGCUUCUAUGAGAUUGCUCGGCAACGUGCGGCGGAACUGGAUGUGUACAUGGAGAAGUUCCGCAGGGAUAUCGUGGAGAGCAAUGGACUGACAAAGCUCUUCGCCGAAAUUCGCGAAAAGUCAUGCAUCGCUGAACUCAGCCCGCAAUACCAGAAGUUCGCUGAGUGGCUUCGCAUUGAAGUCGCUGCUACUGUGUAUCACCUGUUCCUCGCCGAGGAUAACUCUCCAGAACUGUUCGCGCAAGCCAAGAGAAUCCAUGGCCUCGUUCCGUACACUUUGAUGAAGAAUGUCAUCCGCAUUGCCAAUCCAGCAGCAGUCAUGUCCGGUGUUCUGGACCUCUUCUGUGCUCAACCGUUUGGCUCGCGGUCAUUGCUUCAGCGUAUCUUCUCCCUCACAUUGAACGACAGCAUCAAGGACUUCCAAAAGUCGAUCACGUCGCUGUCAGCAAAGGUUGAUGAUACUGUUCUUUCUCAGAAGCUCAAGAACUUCGUGGACGCCGAAGAGUCGGUUAAGAACGAGAUUCGAGAGGAGGCCGAGGCUGAAGAUGCAGAUAUCAUUGUCGCUAUUCUCCGAUCCGAGCUGCUGUCUCCGGAGCUGAACGCGGAGCAAAUUGGCAAGGUCUUUAAUGGCUGGGUGGCCUGGAACAAUGCGGUGGACAACGUGGACGUUGAAAUGCAGCAAGGCGCUCAAUGGUUCGCCCACAUGAAGCAAUUGCUGAAGCUGUACACUCGCCAGCGUGACAAGGCGAUGAUGCUGAGCAUUGUCGAAGAACCCACAACCCUGCAACUGUUCCGUGACCUCUUCACCAUCUUCUACGAGCCGCUGGUCCGAGUCUACAAAUCCGCCAACGUGUACAGCAGUAUCACCGACUUUGCCGUCUUUGCCGACGACGCCAUCUCCGUGAUCGAGAGUGCCCAGCGCCAGGACGCCUCGGCCGACCCCAACCAGACCGUCCAGGCCUUUAUCGAUCUCUGCGCUCGUCAUGAAGACAACUUCUACAAGUUCAUCCAUGAGGUCCACAUCCAUGACAACGGUCUCUUCCAGUCGCUGAUGUCGUGGAUUGAGGAGAUCCUCGAAUUCCUGCGUAAGGGCCCGCAGGCUGGCAAGGGUGCCAAGCUCGACAUGAAUGCUCUGUUCCAGGGCGCGGUCGGCGUCGGCCAAAUCGACAAGGACAUUGCUCUCGCGGAGAUCAACUCGCUCAUCAAGUGGCAAGAAGACCGAAAGAGGUGGCAUCUGAACAAGACUCGCCAGAAGAUGGCAGCCGAAGGAACCGGAAAUGAGUCCAUUCCUGGCAGUGCCACUUUCAAGGGCAGCGAUUUUGGUCUUGACGAGGCUGAUCUGGAGGACCUCACCAUCUCCGACGAGGACUCUGACUCGGAAGAUGAGGCGGCCGACGAGGAAGAGCUGGACGACCCCAUCGCCGUGGAGCGUCGCCGUCGCCACAAGAAGCAGGACCAGCUCCGCCGUACCGCGGGCGAGCCUGUCAAGCCGGAGGUGGUUGAGAUUCCGAAGCUGGCCGAUCCUUUCGUGGUGAUGCUGCGCUAUGUUCUUGCCGAUUAG